UGGCUGUUGACUCCAUUUUAUUUGGCGCGAACCUGGAGACAGUUGUCGGAUGAGUGGUAAACACUUUCGAUAGAGCUGUUUCGGUCAUGUUUGGAAGUUUUUCGCUGUUUUUACUGGAUGUAGAGGAGAUAAAAGAACCUCCCGUCUUGAGGAAUAACAAAGCUGCAGCAAACUCCAGGUUAAAUACAACAUUAUUUAUCUGAUCUUUUUCCUACCAACUGGGAUUACCAAUUAUUGAUAUGAUGGCAGAAAGGAACAGAGCAGUCUCUCCAGCUCUCAGCUGUGUUUCUAUGAAAAGUGACAUGUCCAAAGAGCUUCCUCCUCCAGACUUCGCUGAUGGCCCUGAACCCUCGGGAAAAGGGUGGGCUUCAUACCAGCUGGGAUCAACUGUUGAUAUGAAGACGGAGGGAAACAGAGCAGCUUCUCCAGCUCCCAGCUGUGUUUCUAUGAAGAGUGACAUGUCCAAACAUCAUCCUCUACUCUUUAGUAAUGACCCCGAACCCUCAUAUCAAAGAUGGAGGAAGAGGAGCAGUGUUUGUUUGGAGGAGCAGCCGUCCUUUUGUGCUUUGUUUUGGGAUGUCCGGAUUAAUCCGGUUUGUUCUGAGUGUGAAGACUGCCACAGAGGGUGCAUCAGAUCAUACCUGGUCUCAGGGAGCUCCUCCUGCCCCCAGCUGGUGAAAAGACUUAGAACAGGCCCUGGACAGCUGACAGCCACUGAAAGCAGCUGUUCACCAGUAGAUGUUGGUCUCCAAGUUAUUCUAGAAGAAUAUAAGAGCAGUCUGAAGAGGAGAUAUGAAUGUGUGACUGAAGGAAUUGAUGAAGGCCAAAAUAAAACCAUCCUUAAAGAGAUCUACACUCAGCUCUACAUUACAGAGGGGCAGAGGGAAGAUGUUAAUACCCAAAAUGAGGUGAUGGAGCUGGAAAGAGCUUUCAAGAUCCAGAACCUGCAUUACUCCCCAAUCAGGUGCCCCGACAUCUUUAAAGCCUUACCUGACCAGCUGCAAACCAUUAGACUGGUUCUUACUAAUGGCGUCGCUGGUGUUGGAAAAACCUUCUCAGUGCUGAAGUUCACUCUGGACUGGGCAGAGGGCUUGGAGAACCAAGAUGUCAGUGUGGUGGUUCUGCUUUCCUUCAGGGAGCUGAACCUGAUCAGAGAUCAGCAGCACAGUCUUCUCACGCUGCUCCAUGUUUUCCAUCCAACCCUCCAGAAGCUCCCAGCAGAGAAGCUGGCUGUCUGGAAGCUUCUCUUCAUCUUUGACGGCCUGGAUGAAAGCAGACUUUCUCUGGACUUCAACAACAGUCAGCUUGUUUCUGACGUCACACAAAAGUCAUCAGUUGACGUUCUGCUGACGAACCUCAUCAGGGGGAACCUGCUUCCCUCCGCUCUGGUCUGGAUAACUUCCCGACCUGCAGCCGCCAAUCAGAUACCUCCUUCCUGUGUUUCCAGGGUAACAGAGGUACGAGGCUUCAGCGACGCACAGAAGGAGGAGUACUUCAGGAGGAGGUUCAGGGAUGAAGAGAUGUCCGGCAGGAUCAUCUCCCACAUCAAGACCUCAGGGAGCCUGCACAUCAUGUGUGGAAUCCCAGUGUUCUGCUGGAUCACUGCUACGGUUCUGGAGAACCUGUUGACUACAGAGCAGAGAGAAGAGCUGCCCAAGACCAUGACUGACAUGUACUCACACUUCCUGCUAGUCCAGACUAAAAGGAAAAAGAACAAGUACGAUGACGGACAUCCUAUGAGUCCACAAGAGCUGAUGGAGGCUAAUAGGGAAGUUCUUUUGAAGCUGGGAAGGCUGGCGUUCGAACACCUGGAUAAAGGAAGCAUCAUGUUCUACCAGGAAGACCUGGAGCAGUGUGGUCUGGAUGUCACAGAGGCCUCGGUGUACUCAGGCGUUUGUAUGGAAAUCUUCAAAAGAGAGAACGCCAUCCUUCAGAAACCCAUCUACUGCUUUGUUCAUUUGAGCAUUCAGGAGUUUCUGGCUGCUGUCUACCUGCUCCACUGUUACACCAACAAAAACACAGAAGUGAUCAGUCGAUUCUUGGGGAAAAAGUACUGUGAAACAUCUCUGGAUAAAUUCCUGAAGAAAGUGUUGGAAAACUCUCUCCGAAGUCAAAAUGGCCAUCUGGAUCUGUUUGUUCGUUUUCUUCAUGGCCUCCUUGAAGAGUCAAACAAGAGACUGUUAGCAGGCCUGCUGGGCCAAAUGAAGAACAGCCCAGAAUCGAUCCAGAGAGUCAUAAACAAUCUGAAGAUAAAAAGAACACAGGCAUGUCCCGACAGGAGCAUCAACAUCUUCCACUGCCUGAUGGAGAUAAAGGACCUCUCAGUUUAUCAGGAGAUCCAACAUUUCCUGAAAUUGGAGGGCAUAUCGAAGGAGAAUCUCUCAGAGAUCCAGUGCUCAGCUUUGGCCUACAUAUUACAGAUGUCAGGGGAAGUUCUGGAUGAGUUUGACCUGAAGAGGUUUAAUACAACAGUGGAGGGAUGGCAAAGAUUGAUUCCAGCUGUGAGGAACUGCAGAAAGGCUCGAUUGGUGAACUGCAGUUUGACAAAGAACAGCUGUGCACAUCUGGCUUCAGCUCUGAAGUCCAACCCCUUCCAUCUGACAGAACUGGACUUGAGUGACAACAUAGACCUGGAAGAUGAUGGAGUGAAAGAGCUUUGUAGUUUUUUACAGACUCGCCUCUGCAAACUACAGAGAUUGAAUUUGGUGAAUUGCAGUCUGUCAGAGAUCAGCUGUGCUAGUCUGGCCUCAGCUCUGAAGUCCAUCCCCUCCUAUCUGACAGAACUGGACCUGAGCAAAAACACCGACCUUAAAGAUGCAGGAGUGGAAAAGCUCUGCGGUUUUCUACAAACACCCCUAUGCAAACUGCAGAGAUUAAGAUUGAUGAACUGCAGUUUGUCGGAGUUCAGCUGUGCUUCUCUGGUCUCUGCCCUGAAGUCCAACCCCUCCCAUCUGACGGAGCUAACCCUCAGCUGGAACAAAGACCUGAAAGAUAAAGGAGUGAAGGAGCUUUGUGGUUUUCUACAGAGUCCUCUCUGCAAAUUACAGAUAUUGUGCCUGGAAUCCUGCAGUUUGUCAAAGACCGGCUGUGCUUCCCUGGCCUCAGCUCUGAAGUCCAACCCGUCCCAUCUGACAGAACUGAACCUGAGCCGAAACAGAAACCUGGAGGAUGCUGGAGUGGACGAGCUCUGUGGAGCUCUUAAAACUCCCCUCUGCAAACUACAGACAUUGAAACUGGAGAACUGCAGUUUGUCUGAGAUCAGCGGUGCUUCUCUGGCCUCAGCUCUGAAGAUCAAUCCCUCCCAUCUGAGGGAACUGGACCUGGGCUGGAACACAGACUUGAAGCAUGCUGGAGUGAAGGAGCUUUGUUGUUUUCUACAGACUCCCCUCUGCAAACUACAGAGAUUAAAAUUGAAUAGCUGCAGCCUGUCAGAGACCAGCUGUGCUUCUCUGGCCUCGGCUCUGAACUCCAACCCAUCCCAUCUGAGAGAACUGGACCUGAGCUUGAACAAUCUGGAGUCAGAUGUCCAGCUACUGAAUGAUUUUGUCAGCAAUCCAGACUACAAACUGGAGACUCUAACGGUGGUGGGAUAGAUUAUUGCAGAUGAAAAAAGCUAAGCUGUUUCCUAAUAAUCCAUUGAGAUCAAAGCAGCAGUUUGAGCUUAAAGAUUUCUAUCUUGUUUGUUAAAUGGUUCAUGCCUAUUGUUGCAAAUAUGCACCAAACUUUGUAUUAUGUACUCAGCAUAGAUAGCAUGUAAUCCAGGCAUACGGAAAGUUGGUCCUCCAGGGCCACUGUCCUGCAGGUUUUGCAGGUUUCCCUGCUUUAGCACAGCUCAUCCUGAUGAUUGCAGUUCAACAAGAGCUUGUUUAUUUAGCUGUGCUCAAGCAGGAAAACCUCUAAAACCUGCAGGACAGCAGCCCUCCAGGACUGACUUUGGGCAUACCUCACAGCCUGUUAUUAUACCCGCUGAGUGGACCACAGUCAUGCUAUCUCUGGCGAGCACAUGGAGGGCUCUGUGGCCCUGCAAAGAAAUGCUACCCAAAACCAUUACUGACCCACUGCAAAGCUGAUCAUGCUGAAGGAUGUUGCAGGCAGCAGAUUGCCCUCCACUGUGACUCCAGACUCUGUUACAUGUUCUCAAUGUGAACCUGCUAUCAUAUAUGAAGAGCACAGGGCGCCAGUGGCAAAUUUGAUAAUCCUGGUGUUCUUUGUAAAUUAACAAGCAUCCUGGACAAUGUUGGGCUGUGAGUACAACCUCCAUCUGUGGACUAAGGCUCCUCAUAACAUCCUCCUGGAGUAAGUUUCUUAUUGUUUGUGCUGACAAAUGCACAUUUGUUGCCUGCUGGAGGUCAAUUUGCAGGGCAUUGGCAGUGCUCCUCCUGUUCCUCCUUGCACAAAGACUAAAGUAGCGGUUCUGCUGCUUGGUUGUUGCCCUAUUAUGGCCUCCUUCACGUUUCCUAGUGUACUAUCCUGUCUUCUGGUUGGGCCUCCAGCCUCUGGACACUGUGCUGACAGACAGCCAACUUCUUGCCACAGCUCACAAUGAUAUGCCAUCCUGGAUGAGCUGCACUGCCUGAGCCACUUGUGUGGGUUAUAGUCUGUUUCAUGCUACCACCUGUGUAAAAGCACCUUCAACAUUCAAAAGGGACAGAAACCUCAACCAGAAAGCAUAGGUACUGAGAAGUGGUCAGUGGUUCCCCACCUGCAGAACCAUUGUGUCUUGCUAAUUGCCAAUAAUUUCCCCCUGUUGUAUAUUCCAUUUGUAUAACAUGCAAAAAUUAUUCUCAAGCAGAGAUCCUUUCUAAGUGGAUAGUUUGAAAUCAUACAUAUAUAUAUAUAUA